GGGUACCAUCAAAUUCCGCUGGCCCCCGAGGAUCAAAGCAAAGUUAGCUUCGUGACAAGCAAAAGGACAUAUUGUUAUGUCGUCAUGCCCUUUAGGCUCAAGAAUGCGGGGGCGACGUACCAAAGACUGAUGGAUCGAAUGUUUAAACUGCAGAUCGGGCGUAAUAUGGAGGUGUAUGUAGACGAAAUCCUGGUGAAAAGUAGGUCAUCGAUCUCGCAUGUCGAGGAUCUAAGGGAAACAUUCAAGACUCUAAGGACAUUUGGGAUGAAGCUGAACCCGAGUAAAUGCGCCUUCGGAGUGAUGGCAGGACAAUUCCUUGGCUAUGUCGUGACUGAAAGAGGCACUAAAGUGAACAAGGACAAGGUGAAGGCCAUACUCGACAUGGCCCCACCGAGGAAUAUCAGGGAAGUACAAGUCCUGACGAGUCGAAUUGCCGGUCUAAGCAGAUUUAUCGCUCGAGCAGCAGAGAGAAGUUUCCCAUUCUUCAAGUUGCUUAAAAAGAAAACUUUUCAAUGGAAUGACGAGGCUCAAAUGGCGUUCGAAAAACUUAAAGAAUUCUUAAGCGAGUUGCCGCUAUUAACAAAACAAGAACCCGGUGACGAGUUGGUGCUUUACAUCUCGGUGGGAAUAUUUUCCUUAAGUUCGGUAUUGUUGCGAGAAGCAGAAGGAGCCCAGCAGCUGAUCUAUUACACGAGUCGAGUACUUCAGGGUGUAGAGACAAGAUACUCCGAAGUCGAGAAAGCCGCCUUGACGCUGGUAAUAACAGCUAAAAAGUUGAGGCCAUAUUUCCUGAAUCAUGUGAUAGUGAUGAGGACAAACUUCCAGCUCGGAGAAACCUUGGGUCGACCUACUGUUUUGGGUCGACUCGUGAAGUGGGCGGUCGAGCUGAGCGAAUACUCCAUCAAAUACGAACCGAGGCGAGCCAUAAAAGCCCAAGCUUUAGCGGAUUUCAUCCAAGAAGGAACUAAGGGGGAGGAGAAGAAAUGGAUGAUGCAUGUCGAUGGAUCCUCGGCAGCCAAAGGGUCUGGCUUAGGAGUUGUCCUCGUAUCUCCUGAAGGCGAAGAACUCGACUUCGCCAUCCAAAUGGGGUUCAAGGCCUCGAACAACGUGGCGGAAUAUGAGUCACUAAUCAAAGGGAUUCAACUUGCAAUCGAUGGCGGUGCAACGGAGAUCAUGGCACAUUCCGAUUCACAACUUGUUGUCGGACAAGUACUGAGGAAUU